AUGGCCACACCACGCCCACCUCCUCCACCCGUUGUGCCUCCACAGCAGCUUUUCACAGGCCGACACUUGGUAUAUGCAUUGGUUGCCUCCGUCGGCGCCGGUCUGUUCACCAUGACACUCUACCGCAUUAGGCAGGAAAAGAUUUCAGAGGCGAGGAGGUUGUAUGACGGGCAGCAGCGGUAG